GGCGUCGAGGUAUUUGGCUCAAACCCAAAAGACUUGCCAGCGGAGAGACGGAUAUAAGCAGAGUGAACGAAUCUGCAAUCGACUACUUCCGCUAGCGCAAAUUUCCACCACCGAGCUCGACGAUGAACGACGGAGACGACGCCGUGCGACGCCGGACCGCCGUUGCCGAGUACCGCAAGAAGCUCCUCCAGCACAAGGAACUCGAAUCCAGAGUUCGAUCAGUGAGAGAAAGUUUGCGAGGUGCCAAAAAAGAGUUCAACAAGACAGAGGAUGAUUUGAAGUCUCUUCAAAGUGUUGGGCAGAUCAUCGGAGAAGUUCUCAGGCCUCUUGACAAUGAGCGCUUGAUUGUCAAAGCAAGUAGCGGUCCCAGAUAUGUGGUUGGCUGCCGGAGCAAAGUGGAUAAGGAGAAGUUGACUGCAGGGACUAGAGUAGUCCUUGAUAUGACAACUUUGACGAUAAUGCGAGCACUUCCUCGUGAGGUUGAUCCAGUUGUUUAUAACAUGCUCCAUGAAGACCCUGGAAAUGUCAGCUACUCUGCUGUGGGUGGUUUAUCUGAUCAAAUUAGAGAACUGAGAGAAUCUAUUGAGCUACCUCUGAUGAAUCCCGAACUCUUCAUUAGAGUUGGAAUAAAACCUCCCAAGGGUGUUCUUUUAUAUGGCCCUCCUGGGACUGGGAAGACGCUGUUAGCCAGAGCAAUUGCAAGUAAUAUAGAUGCAAACUUUUUGAAGGUUGUCUCAAGUGCCAUUAUCGAUAAAUAUAUUGGAGAGAGUGCGAGGUUGAUCAGGGAGAUGUUUGGAUAUGCACGCGAUCAUCAACCCUGUAUCAUCUUUAUGGAUGAAAUUGAUGCCAUUGGUGGACGGCGUUUCAGCGAGGGAACAAGCGCUGACCGUGAAAUUCAAAGAACUUUGAUGGAAUUACUGAAUCAACUUGAUGGAUUUGAUCAGUUGGGAAAGGUAAAAAUGAUAAUGGCGACAAACAGACCGGAUGUGCUCGACCCUGCACUUCUGCGACCAGGUCGAUUGGACAGAAAAAUAGAGAUCCCACUGCCAAAUGAGCAGUCAAGAAUGGAGAUCCUAAAGAUUCACGCUGCUGGCAUUGCCAAGCAUGGAGAAAUCGACUAUGAGGCUGUUGUGAAGCUUGCAGAGGGCUUCAACGGUGCUGAUCUCCGUAAUGUUUGCACUGAGGCUGGAAUGUCUGCCAUACGUGCAGAACGUGAUUAUGUCAUUCAUGAAGAUUUCAUGAAGGCUGUUAGGAAACUGAGUGAAGCAAAGAAACUAGAGUCUAGUGCACACUAUAACGCUGAUUUUGGAAAAGAUUAGUAAUGAUUUCUCUUUCAUUGCCAUGGAUGCUUCGGCCAUAGUUUUUCUUGUUCGUUCUGUUGUACUGUGCGAUGGGAUGAUGAAUUUAUUUGAUGAAGUUUCCAAACUCAAUGAAUAUCUUUGCGUUA